AUGGCAAAUGAAGAUCUGCUAGACUACUCUUAUGAAAGUAAUGCUUCGAACACUGAUAGUUCCAAACAAGCGAAAGACACAAUCAAAGCUUCAAACGACGAUCCAAAAUUGGAGGCCCGCGCUAAGGAAAUCGCAGAAGAGUUGGAGAAACUAAAACAGCUGCAGGACGAGGUUGCUUUGCAAAUGAUGCUGCCGGUUUCCAAAUCGACGUCACCGAUCCUAACCCCGGAAGAAAAGGCAGAGAUCGACGCUCGCUCUAUCUACGUUGGAAAUGUGGACUAUGGAGCAACAGCAGAAGAGUUGGAAGCCCAUUUCUACGGGUGCGGCAUGAUUUACCGCGUGAAUAUUAUGUGCAAUAAGGCCAACGGUCAGCCAAAGGGGUUUGCCUACAUCGAGUUUGGAUCGAAGGAAUUCAUAGAGACUGCGCUAGCGCUGAAUGAAACCCUUUUCCGGGGAAGACCGAUAAAAGUUUGCUCGAAGCGUACCAAUCUACCAGGAAUGUGCGCAACCAAUCGGCUGUUUCCCCGAGCAUCACGAGGACGACGAGGAUCAGGAAUGACAUGGGGUGCGUGCUAUCGUGGUUCACGGCCAGGGGCAACACGUCACUCACAUCGGGGCGGAUAUCGGGGAAGAACAGCGUUUUAUGCGCCGUAUUAG